GAAUUUGCAGCUGAGAUAAAGGCUGGAGCGAUCCAUCCUGGCCAGGCCCCAGCGCUGCGUUUCCCUGGUGCUGAGCCUUACAGCCGCCUCUCCCCGUGCAGACUUGGGGGAUGGAGAGGGGCUGUUUCUCUCUCAUUCUGUAGCCUUUCCUCCUGUGUCUACAGCACUAAAGGAGCCACUGAGGCCCCUAAUGCUCUCUUGUGGAGAUGGAGCCAUCGAGUCUGGGGGCCUCUGCAGCACUUUUCUGCCCUCACCUCGGCAGAGGCCCCUCGCCUUUGGGCUGUCCACAUGGCCAGGUCUUCACCAGCCUUGGCCCUCUGCUCCCUGCCUGUGGCUCUGGAGACUGAAAAAUGGGGCCACUGGGUAUCUCUCGCCCUGCAGCUGAAGGCUCCAGGUGCCCCUUCCCACCUCAAGUAGGAGAUCAGCCAUGAGUAGGGGAAUGUAAAGCCACCAGCCAGGCACAGGCUGAGGGGCACGGCUUUCCCUUGCUCCUUGGAGACCCCAGGGCAGGAAGCCAGGUGAUGGGGCAUUUAGUGUCAUCCUUUCAAUCCAGAAUGGCCCAUUCUCUCUCCGCUCCCACGGGCACCCAGAGGGCAAGCUGUGGACACUGUUUUCCUUUAUUCCUCCGCCCUCUCGCUCCCUUUUUAAAGAAAAUCGUCGCCUCGUAAUAGGGGCCCAGCUGCGGCGGUCUCUGGCCGCCCAGCGUGCUCAACAAACCGUGCGGGUCCUUGGAACCCCUUUUUCGGGAAGGCGGCUGCCACCAGGCAAAUUCUCAAACUGCCCAGCUGCGAAUGAGGGGCCUGGAGUGGGGCCUCCGAAUGCAAUAGCCGAGGAGGAGGGAAAGGGUCCUGCUUUACAAACUCUCAGACACAUGUUACUACUCAAACCCAAGCCACCGACACGGUGGCCGCUGCAGUCUUUUCGGCAACUAGGCCGCUUAGCCUCAGCUGUGCUGGGUUUCUGGGGUCCCUGUCCUGCUCUGCCACUCCCCAGGCCUGGGCUAAGGACCACCAAGGAGGUCAGGAAGGGGAUUUCAAACUUCCAAGUGGCCCAGGAGAAGUGAACGCUUCCCCUGCUGCUUUUUCAAGCCACCCGUCCAGCCCCACGCUCGGUCUGGGAGCUGUGGACAGCAAUAGCAGUCCCUCCAGGAUGCAGGUCGGGCUGAGCUCCGGGGGAGAAACUGUUGCAAUAAUUGUUUUUCACACACAACUUCCAACCCUUCCCCCAUUUCCGCCCCCAAUUCAGAGACUUGCAAAGCCCAAGAAAGGGAAAAGCAACUUAAUCUUUGAUCUUCUCAUCCAAAGUUAAAAUAAUAACGACGAUGAUGUAGGGAAAAGGACCCAAGUAGAGAGGCUAACCCCACCCACAAGAAAGUGGGUAAAAAGCUUAACGCCUGCUCUAAAACGCUCAACCCUGUGGCUGAGCCUUGGCCGGGUUUCUUUCUCUCCCCGCGGCUGCAGGGAGCCAACAGGGAGGCAGCCGCCGCCGCCAUGGCGGUCUCCCUCCCGAGCUCCCGUCGAUCGCCGGGAGGUGGCGCGCUCUGCUCAGAGGCCAACGCCAAUCUGCUCCCCGUUUCUCCCCCUUCUCCUUUUUUCCCCCUCUCUCGGAGGCUCGCAUUGAAUCGGCCCUAACGAUUCUCGGAUCGUCAUUAUUUGUAACCAUAGAGCAUGAAUUACCUCUUGAGGUCAUCAGCGAGAAUUUACGACUGGUCAACAAAAGCACGUGAUUCCCUAACGCCCCCCCACCCCCCUUCCAACCCCCCCCCAUAUUUGGCCGCAUACAUAGCAAAACGAAGUACAGUGCAUCGCUAUAAUUCAUUAAUACAUCAUAAAUCGUGAAGCACAGGGUUAUAACGACCACGAUCCACAAAUCAAGCCCUCCAAAAUCACCCAAAUGAGCUCGUACUUUGUAAACUCCUUCUCGGGGCGUUAUCCAAAUGGCCCGGACUAUCAGUUGCUAAAUUAUGGCAGUGGCAGCUCUCUGAGCGGCUCUUACAGGGAUCCCGCUGCCAUGCACACCGGCUCUUACGGCUACAAUUACAAUGGGAUGGACCUCAGCGUCAACCGCUCCUCGGCCUCCUCCAGCCACUUUGGGGCGGUGGGCGAGAGCUCGCGCGCCUUCCCGGCGUCCGCCCAGGAGCCCCGCUUCAGGCAAGCGGCUUCGAGCUGCUCCCUGUCCUCGCCCGAGUCCCUGCCCUGCACUAACGGCGACAGCCACGGAGCCAAGCCCUCUGCUUCGUCCCCCUCCGACCAGGCGACCUCGGCCAGCUCCAGCGCCAAUUUCACCGAAAUAGACGAGGCCAGCGCGUCCUCGGAGCCUGAGGAAGCGGCGAGCCAGCUAAGCAGCCCCAGCUUAGCUCGGGCGCAGCCAGAGCCCAUGGCCACCUCCACAGCCGCGCCCGAGGGGCAGACUCCGCAGAUAUUCCCCUGGAUGAGGAAGCUUCACAUCAGCCACGAUAUGACUGGGCCGGACGGGAAAAGGGCCCGGACCGCGUAUACCCGCUACCAGACCCUGGAGCUGGAAAAGGAGUUCCACUUCAACCGCUACCUGACCCGGCGACGGCGCAUCGAGAUCGCCCAUGCACUCUGCUUGUCGGAGCGCCAGAUCAAGAUCUGGUUCCAGAACCGGCGCAUGAAGUGGAAGAAGGACAACAAACUGAAAAGUAUGAGCCUGGCUACAGCCGGCAGCGCCUUCCAGCCCUGAGCCCGCCCAGAGGAGCCCAGCGGCCCAAGAGCCCGUGCCACCCCCAGCCCUGGCCCCUUCAAUCCUCCCCGCACUGCCGCAGCCCGCUGGGGACCGGUUCCCACAAGCCUGCCUCGCCCCAGCCUUGUGUUAAGAUAUUUCGAUAUUUCCUUUGGUCUUAGGUCUUCCUGUGGCUCCCUCUCUCCUGGACUGGUUAUCUUGUUAUUAUUGUUAAUAAUAAUUAUAAUUAUUAUUUUCCCUCCAUGCUCCCAACUCCCUUCCGCUUGCCCCAAAUCCACCAGUGUUUCUGAAUGUUUGUGUCUGUGGUUGCAGUCCUUCCCCCAGGGAAAAAAAAAAAGAAAUUCGCAUGUUUAAUGUGAACUCUCCCCUCCCCAUCUGUGUUCUAACUUAUUUAUAAAAAGAUGAUCACUGUAUUUUGAGUUUCAGCUGGAAACUUCUCUAAGGGGCAGCAGUUGAGUUGGGGUAGUACCGCAGUGGGGCCAAGCUGAGCUGGCCUCUGAGAUGGAGUCUCUUUUCAUUCUCCUUUCCCUCCUUCCCCACUCCCCAGGCCCAAGUCUCCUAGGGGCUUGGUUCUAGGGUGGGAAGAGGCUGGGGAGGACCAAAGGGGUGAUACUGAGAAGAGAGAAAGAAGAUAGUGAGAUUUAAGUUCCUGCUGCCUGGGUAGGCCCCACAAGGCCUGGUCUGGGAGUAUACGGAAACAAAAACGAUCUUCAGUGUAAUAUGUCUUGUGUAUUUCUCUGUGAAUCCAUAGGUCUGGCUAGAGGGCCCAAAGCUUGUAAAUAUGGGGAUAGUCUGGGUCAGACCCAUCUGUUCCUUACCCAUUUCUCUUCCAAGACCAUUUGUAGUGAGCGAGCGGAUGCUGUGCUACGUGUGAAAUCUGUCUUUGCGGGGCCUGUCUCGGUGAUUCGCUUUUGGUAUAUGUUUGUAGCUUUCCUUGAAGUCAAAUAAAUGUUUCCCCCACUCCA